AUGAAUGGACUCUCGCUCACCCGUCAUGGACUCCCAUACAGUUCUAAAAUUACAAACCCAGCUAUGGCCCCAGUGCCGAAAACUCGCGUGGGAAAGGAACGCGGGGCUAAUAGCCCCGAAGCCCCGAGGGACGAACACGAGAUGGACCACGUACCCACUGACGCGCCGGUGGGUGUGCAGACGAUACGAUCACCGCCCCGGCGCGAGGAUGGGGCGGACAGAGACCAGUCGAUGUACCCCAUCAUCAUCCUACGCUGUGAAGUGCGCAUUGGUGAAGGUCCGGAAAAGCAGAAGCACAUUAUCCAGUUUGAUGUCCCGAUGUAG